GGCUGUGCGCAUGUGCGAAGGUGUCCAGACUGACAAUGCUGGAGAGAUAGCGCGUUUGGAUUGAGAAACCCAGAGAAAAGAGACAGAGAAAAAACAAAAAGGAGGAAAAAAGAUUGAAGAAAAAAUCCAAACAAACCCCACGCCGAGAGACUGGCACCAUGAGGUCGAAAGGCAGGGCGCGGAAACUGGCCACGAGUGACGGUGAUGAUGACUUCUCACUUUAUCCGUCUGACGUCUUGGACGAAGUCAUCGGCUCGGACCGGAAUGGCACGCCUUCCUCGGCCCUUGUUGAGGACCCGCCAUCACCUCUCCUCUCCGAUGAUGAGUCUUCGCCCCAGGAACCCUUGUCAGUCCAACAAGCAGGUGUGUUUUCACCCCAAGACGAGCUGUCCAUUCCCCUGGACUUCGAACUGCGAGAGUCGUCGGUUCCAGCAGGGGGCGUGGGCAUCUGGAGUUGCAGGAAGGUGAACAUCGGAGAGCGCUUUGGACCAUAUGAAGGAGAGCACAGGCCGUUUCUCCAAGAUCCCACACAAGGCUGGGAGAUCCUGGAUGGGUCAGGCCAUGUAAAAUUCUGCGUGGAUGCCAGCAGACCAGAUAUCGGGAGCUGGCUGAAGCACAUCCAGUUUGCCCCUGCGGCGACGCAGCAUAACCUGACAGCGUGCCAGAUAAAUGAUCAGAUUUUCUACAAAGUCACCAGAGAGAUUUUUCCUGGUCAGGAGCUGCUACUUUUCAUGAAGGCUGAGGAAUAUUCAUGUGACACAAUGGCUCCUGAUAUUCAUGAGGAGAGGCAGUACCGCUGUGAAGACUGUGACCAGCACUUUGAGUCCCGCAGCCAGCUGCUGGACCACCAGAAGCAACCAUGUGGAAUGCCCCCCUCCUCUUUCCUCAACCCAGGAGGGGAAAACGAUCUGAAGGCCCAAGAGCCUCAAGACCUGCGACCUCUUCACAUGUCUCAUGGACUACAUGAGUGCAAGGAGUGUGACCAGGUCUUCCCUGAUGUUCAGAGCCUGGAGGCCCACACUCUGUCCCACUCUGAAGAGAGGGAGUACAAAUGCGACCAGUGUCCCAAGGCCUUCAACUGGAAAUCAAACCUGAUCCGACAUCAGAUGUCGCACGACAGUGGCAAGCACUACGAAUGUGAAAACUGCUCAAAGCAGGUGUUCACAGACCCCAGUAACCUACAGAGGCACAUUCGCUCACAGCACGUUGGGGCGCGUGCCCAUGCCUGCUCUGACUGUGGCAAGACGUUCGCAACGUCUUCGGGCCUCAAGCAGCAUAAGCACAUUCACAGCAGUGUCAAGCCCUUCAUGUGUAAGUCACUAAGACCCUACCUAUGUGAAGUAUGCCACAAAUCCUACACACAGUUUUCUAACCUUUGCCGCCAUAAACGCAUGCAUGCUGACUGCCGCACACAGAUCAAGUGCAAGGACUGUGGGCAAAUGUUCAGCACCACUUCUUCUCUCAACAAGCACCGGCGCUUCUGUGAAGGGAAGAACCAUUUCACAGCAGGGGGAUUGUUUGCCCAGGGCAUGCCACUCCCCGGCGCCGCUGGCUUGGACAAAUCAGCUCUCGCCAUGGGUCACAGCAGUGCCGGUCUGGCUGAUUAUUUUGGGGCUAGUCGUCAUCAUAGUGGGCUUACCUUCCCCGCAACCCCAGCAUUUCCGUUCAGCUUCCCUGGCUUGUUCCCGUCUGGACUCUAUCACCGGCCACCUCUGAUUCCGGCCACCACCUCCCCAGUCAGACAACCGGCCCACGCACCCGUUGCUGGCUUUGGCACAGAUCUGAGUAAGAGCCCUCUGCUGCCCCCGAGUCCUGGUGCUCAUGAGUCCAGAGAGCUCAUCAAAGCUCUUCGUAAGGACGGUGGCUCACCUGGAAGUCAGAUGCCUAUCUCAGAGCUGCACGCCCAGGGUUCCUCUUCCUCUGCAAAGCAGCAGAACAAGCAGAGUGACCAGUCUGAAAGCAGCGACCUGGACGACGUCAGCACGCCGAGUGGAAGUGACCUGGAGAGCACGUCAGGCUCAGAGCUUGAGAGCGACAUGGACAGUGAGCGGGAGAGGGGUGCUGCUCGAGAAAAUGGCAAAGGUCCCAAGAGGAAGUCAAAUGAAAGUGACCCCCAAAGCCCUGGCUUGAUGGGCAGCAGUGCUGCUAAAGACUUUCCGGGCCCUUCCCUCAUCCCAUCCCCACUGGAUGAGCACACAGCUGUAACAGGGGCUGUGAAUGACUCUAUCAAGGCCAUUGCCUCCAUUGCUGAAAAGUACUUUGGCUCCACUGGGCUAGCUGGACUGCAGGACAAGAAGGUUGGGUCUCUGCCCUACCCCUCUAUGUUCCCACUGCCCUUCUUCCCAGCUUUCUCUCCUCCAGUUUACCCCUUCCCAGACAGGGACCUGAGAUCUGCUGGCCUGAAGGGUGAACCACAGUCACCAGCAGAUGACUGCAAAAAGGCCCAGGGUAAAUCUUCUGAGUCGCCAUUUGACCUCACUACCAAGCGAAAGGAUGAAAAACUAGCCCCCUUCGCUCCCUCCAAACCAGAGGUCUUACAUUCUGGUCAGGAUCAGCCCUUGGAUCUCAGCCUGGGGUCUCGGGGCCGUGGACGUACCCCAAGAGAAGAGGAGACGAAGAAGAACUUGAGCUAUGAUGAGGAGAGGGGAGUGGUGGAGAUCCCAAAAGCAGACACUUCUUUACAACAUGCAAGACCCACUCCUUUCUUCAUGGACCCCAUCUAUAGCAGGGUUGAGAAGAGGAGGAUGAGCGAUCCGUUUGAGACUCUGAAAGACAAGUACAUGCGGCCAGCCCCAGGUUUCCUCUUCCACCCACAGUUUCGUUUGCCAGAUCAGAGAACUUGGAUGUCAGCCAUCGAAAACAUGGCAGAGAAGCUGGAAACGUUCGGCUCCCUGAAGCCUGAGUCUGGUGACCUGCUGCGCUCCGUCCCCUCCAUGUUUGAUUUCAGAGCCCCACCCUCUGCACUCCCAGAGACACUGCUGCGCAAGGGCAAGGAGCGCUACACAUGCAGAUACUGUGGAAAAAUCUUCCCUCGCUCUGCCAACCUGACCCGUCACCUCAGGACUCACACAGGAGAGCAACCAUACAGGUGUAAAUACUGCGACCGUUCCUUCAGCAUCUCCUCCAACCUGCAGCGGCACAUUCGCAACAUCCACAACAAGGAGAAGCCGUUCAAGUGCCACCUGUGUGACCGCUGCUUCGGGCAGCAGACCAACCUGGACCGCCACCUCAAAAAGCACGAGAACGGCAAUCUGUCAGGAACUGCCAUGUCGUCCCCACAGUCUGAGCUGGACAGCAGCAGUGCCAUCCUGGAUGACAAAGAAGACUCCUAUUUCAAUGAAAUACGGAAUUUCAUCAGCAACGCGAGCCAGAACCACACAUCACCGAACCCCUCUGAGGAAGGGUUAAAUGGCGGUCCGUUUGAAGAAGAGAAGCCACUGAGGGCCAGCCACGGCUCACAUGAGCUGGAGGAUGAGGAGGCUGAGGACCUGGGCGCCGAUGAAGAGGAAGUGGAGGAGCCCAGCAGCGUCCCUGACAAACCGGAAGGCAAGGCGCUUCCCGACAGCCUCGGCGACGACAUAAUGCAAGAAGAAAUGGACUUCAGUGAGCCGAACGAGUUAAACCUCAGCUGUAAAACCUCUCCGAGGAGGUAUAAGGAAGAGGAGGAGCAGAGCAGCUACUCAGCCUUGGAUCGCAUUCAUCGCUUUGCUGACAUGCGCAAGAUGGAGGAGAGCGAGCAGAGUGACGCAGAUGAGGACGACGGUUCGUUUGACUCCCCCUCUCUGUCCGACGCUGUAAAGCAGCCGCUCUUUAGAAAAUCCAAGUCUCAGGCGUACGCCAUGAUGCUGUCCCUGGCUGAAAAAGACUCUCUUCACCCAGCCACCCACACCCCGGCCACCAUGUGGCACAGUCUGGCGCGAGCUGCUGCUGAAUCCAGUGCCAUUCAGUCCCUCAGCCAUGUAUGAUGUAUGACGCCCGUUUGCAACUCCCUUUCCACCUUUCAACGACCGUCCCUGCCCCCCCGCCCUCGACCCUCACCUACCUACGGCACUGGGAGUCCACAGCGGGGGGAGAGGGGGGGGGGCUCGUCUGCGGGGGCCCCCGAUCGUCCACAGAGUUACUGCUGAGCAGAACCACAGCCCAUCUGACUGCUGCCUUACACACGAUGCAGGGUCACUGUGUCAAUACAGAAUCCAGCCCACACAUAGCCCCCUCCAGACCUCCAGCAGAUAGAAAGAUAGAGAGCAAAAGAAAGAAGAAAAAAAAAAGAGAGAGAGUGAGAGAGAAAUGUCCCUCUGAGACCUUAAAAAUUGAUUUAUCACAUUAUCACCAACCGGGAUGUUGAAAUAAUAAUGCUAAAGUAAUAAUAGCUGUAUUUAUUCUUCUGAAUAUCUAUGUUUUUGCACAGCGAAGGCAGCUGAUAGAUAUGAAAGAUGAAGGUGCUGACGCAUCACUGCUAGACUGCGUUUAGUGGCCAGCGAAGACCAGGCGGGAGGAAGCCCGAGGUCCAGUCUGGUCGUGUCUCUAAGACACUCGUCUCAGUCUAACAUGUUUCAUCAUGUGUAAAGCAUAAGAACUAGAACAAGAAUCCCUUUUGACCCCCCCCCCCCCCCACAGAGAGCCACAGGUGUUCGAUAUAAAUACACAUACUUGAUGAUUAAAGUGAACGGUGGGGCUAUAGCAACCUGGGCUCAAGUGAAAACCGCUCCAUGUAAGGACAGCACUAGCAGCGCUUUAAUAUCACUGAAAGGCAUUGAAGAACACACACACACACACACACACACACACACACAGACCCACAAACAAAAAAAUUAAAUGUAAUCGUUAAUCUGAAAUCAGGCCUGUUUCCCGUCCGCGUUCUCAUAGCUGCGUGUGUCUGCACAAUCAUAGCACUGUACACAAGUGUCUAACUGUUCUCCACUGCACUCCAUCCCGCCCGCCUGCGCUAUCUGUGAAAGGAUAUAAAUAGAUUGUCUUUUUAGUGGAAGAGAAAAAAAAAACACAUUUUCUUGUUUUUGUUUUUCCUGUUUUUUUGUUUGUUUUCUUAGUUUUUUUUACAAGUAGCCAGUGCUGAAGUUAAUUGUUGUUCUCAAAAAAAGGCACACAUAUAUAAGUAUAUAUAUGUGUGUGUCUUUUUCAAAACCCUUGAAUCCAUCCUAGUCCACCAACAAUACCACUAAAUAGCCGGAAUGCUAGUUGUUAGCUACUCCAUGCUUGUGUGUCUUUCAUUUUUAGACAAUCAUUGAUUUUUGUUUUCAUUUUUUGUUGGUGUUGUUGUUGUUAUUUGCUGUUGUAUUUUGAGAAUUGUAUUUAUUUCUUGGCAAACAGUAGUUUGUUUACUGAAUAGCACUGCUCUUAGCCCGGGUGAAGGGGAGAUUCCUCGCCGGGCCUGUUCCCAGAGUUCAAUGGGGUUUGUAGAUUACAUUUGAGUGCCGGAUAGUAUUAAACAUACAGUUCACUCCUUAUUCUACUAAUGAAGCCGGUUGAUGAAUAGAUAUUCUUUAGGGUUUUUUUUUUUCUAUGACAAUUUAAUGAUUCAAUUGUAAAAAAUGAAAAACGAUAUAAAGAAUGAAUAAUGAAAAAAAAAAAAAGAUAAACAGCCAGGUAUAAUUUCUUCAUAAGCGCAUGAUUGGUCUGUUAAGAUCUGUAUCUGACAUUUUCUACGGUUGUCUGCAAGCUUGUGUGAUGUUCGGUUCAUGUUAAUCCCUUGUGCCAAACUGAUGAUAAAUAACAGAUUACUUUCAUUUAUUCUCCCGUUUUGAGGGACCAGAUUUUUUUGUUUUGUUUUGUUUUUUGUCGUUGUUUUGUUUAUAAUCGAUUUUAAAAAGUAAUCAGCAAGUUGAGGUACUUUGUUUUAAUGCUUUCUACAAUGUAACUGUUAUGCAUUUCAAUUCAAUACUGUGGGAGGAACAACUAAGAAAUAAAGGACUACAAUGUG